UAGGCAAAGGAAAAAUAUGAAAAAGAUGAAAGAAUCAAACAGCUCAAGCAUUUACGAGGAGAAGACACAUGGAUGUUACCAGAUGUAAAUGAACGACUUGAAGACUUAGCUGAGGAACAUGCAACAAAACACAAGAAGAAGAAGAAAGACAAAAAAUCAAAAAAGGCAAAGAAAGAAAAAAAGAAGAAAAACAAGAAAGAAAAAAGGCAAACAGAGGAGAUGUCCGGUGAUAGUUCUCUGGAUUCUGAAGAGGAGUGGGUUGAAACAGAGGUCAAACCUGAAUCAUCAAGCACAGAAAAACCCUGGCAGGUUAAGACUGGACAGUCUGAUUCAGCUGAGCACAGUAGCUCUCAGCAGAGAGAGGAGUGGAUGACUUUAGACUUCAUGUCUUUGAAAGCCAAGUCAGUUGCAACACUUAAAGCUGAAAAACAGAAAGAAAAGCUACUUGAGCAAGAACAGGAAAAAGCACGUGAACAGGCUGAAAUUGAGAAGAGGGAACUGAACCCUUACUGGAAAGAUGGUGGCACAGGCUUACCUCCAGACGUUUCUGUUGCAUUAGUCAAAAAGGCUACUGCUGUUGAAGAUGGUGGUUUGAGCUGGUUGAGAAAAUCAUACCAACGAAUGAAAGAGCAAGCUGAAAGAGAGGAACGUAAUGUGGAAGAUGUUGUAGCAGAAAGAUAUGGGUCCAUGGAAAAAUUUCGAAUGAGGAUGGAAGAAGCUGAGAAAGCCUUAGGUCUGCAGAAACCAAGAGAAACAGAUUUUGGGAAACAGAGGUGGAGGAUGCCAAGAAACUGGGAGUCUGAAAGCUGUAAAGGAAGUAAAAAAGGUCAAUAUGAGAAAAAAGAUGAUUAUUGCAAAGCAGGUCAGGAAAGAAAGCGUGAUAAGGAAUUGCUACAAAACCUUGAUCGGCAGAGUGAAUGUGAAUAUAGCAUGGAAAGGCACAGAAAUGUGCAGACGGAUGUGGACACAGAGGGAAAGAAUUUGUUUGAAAAUAAAGUGUCAGGGGAGAGUAAAGAAUGUAAAGAUGUAAUUAAAGAAUCCAGAAAGAAAAAAGACCUCAACAGAGUAAGUGAAGAAGCUGAAUUCUAUGACAGGCGACAGGAGAAAUAUUCAUCUCUUACUACUUUCAAAUCAAAGUUUUUAAAGCCACCUGAUGAUGAAGAUUCUUCAACCAAGAGCAGUAUUUCAAACAUUAGACAUACAGAAUCCUCAAGGUCUCUAAGCAGCUGCUUUAGAAGACCUAAAGAUGACAGUGAUGGCGAGUCUGAGCAGCAGAAGGUUCAGACAGCUAAAAGAGCUAAGGAGCAAGUGUCAGACAGUUACUCAUUUCUGACAGAAGAAUUUGCUUCAAAAGAGGAAAAAAAUCAGAAGGUUGCUGAAGAAAAAGCACAAAGAACACAAGAAGUGAGGAGUCCUGUACAAAGAGAACAUACAGAAGGCAGUAGUAUAUCACGCUCUAGUAUGCCAGAAAAGUCUGCUCCAGGCGAAGAACUUGUUAGAAUCCUUAGUGAUGAGGAAAUGAACAAACUUGGAGCCAAGCUUGUUAAGGCUGAAUUAAUGGGAAAUGAGGAGAUGGCUGCAAGUCUUAAAGCUCAGCUGGAGCAAGCAAGGAAAUUAAAAGAAAGCCAGGCACAGGCUACUUCUGCAACCCCUGCAAGGCGAAUGAGCAGUAAGGACAUAAACAAGAGGGAAGAGCAUGAGGUUGUACUUAUCAGAACAGAUCAGGCUGGAAGAGCAUGGCCACUGACUACAAUGGAAGCACUAGAGCCAAAAGGAGGACGAAGAAAGAGACAGCUGAUUGAAACUCAUGUGGGCAAGGAACGGGUCAGGUAUUUCCAGGAUGAUGACGAUAUCAGCCUAAAAGAUAUGGUGAAGAGAGAGAAAAUGGGAACAGCAGAGGACCAGAAUGCACUGUUUACUCGAAUGGCAUCCAAGUUCAUGGAGAAGACAGACAGAGACUACUACACAUUGGAUGAUAUGUUUAUUUCCAGUUCAGCCAAAAAGGAGCGGUCUGGAAAAGAAGAAGAAUGGCAAAGGCAGAAAGCAGUCAGCGAACACAAGCACCUGGCAGCAAGAAUGGAGAAGUGUCCCUACUGCUUUGACAGCCCAGAGCUCCCAAAACAUAUGAUUGUUGCUGUAGGAAAAAAGGUAUAUAUCUGCCUACCUAGUUUCCAGUCUCUAUCAGAAGGUCACUGUCUGAUUAUUCCAAUACAACACCACUGUGCAGCUACUCUGGUGGAUGAAGAUAUCUGGGACGAAGUUCAGAUGUUCAGGAAGGCACUGGUGAAGAUGUUUGAAGACAAGGAUCUAGACUGUGUGUUCCUUGAGACAAAUGUGAGCAUGAAGAAGCGAUUUCACAUGGUAUAUGAAUGUAUUCCAUUGCCAAAAGAAUUGGGAGAUGUUGCCCCAAUAUAUUUUAAGAAAGCUAUAAUGGAGUCUGAUGAAGAGUGGGCCAUGAACAAGAAACUAAUUGACCUCUCCUUGCGAGAUAUCCGCCGAUCUGUCCCAAAAGCAUUGCCCUAUUUCUCGGUGGAUUUCGGCCUUCAAGGAGGAUUUGCUCAUGUCAUUGAAAAUGAAUACAAGUUCCCUCGUUACUUUGGCAAGGAAAUACUUGGUGGAAUGAUGGAUUUAGAGCCAAGACGCUGGAGAAAGCCAAUGAGAGAGAAUUUUGAAGACCAAAGGAAAAAAGUUAUGCAGUUUGCCCAGUGGUGGAAACCAUAUGACUGCACAAAAGAAUAACUUGUUUGCAUUUUUUAAGUUAUUUUAAAUAUUUAACAUUGCUAGCAGACUGAUGCUACAAAUUAAUUGUGUAACACUACUCAUUAAUCUCAGUCUGUUCUUUAACAAGGCAAAAGGUCGACACACACGCUGAAAUAUUACAGCGAAGUCUUGUAAUAUAGUGAUCUCUGUUGACCUGAUCUGAAAGAGGCACAGUAGUAUUAGAGUAUGUUUUUAGUUAAAUGAACCUGAUCUUUAUGUAUGAGCUGCCUGUCAUUUUAGGUAUUUUUCCCAGUUGAAAUCUGUAUAGGACUGAUUAGUCUUGUCUACCGAGAAAAUUUUUUUUUCCCUCCAGAUGACUUAAGUUUAGACCCUUAAGAGACUUACUUUGCUGUGUUAAUUAAUAGGCCAGUAUGUGAUUUUAUUUCAAGUGGAAGUGCUUUGUAAUUUUUGCUGCAGUACAUCUGUUCUGAAGGAAGCCAAUUAAAGCGUAGGCUGUUUGCAUUGAAUUGGUAUAUAUAUAAGAAAAAUGAAUUAUGCUAGUGUAUGUUACAGAGGAGAGGUACAUUUUAAAUUCUCUGACAGAAUUUGUAAGAAUUGUAUCCCAGAAUAUUCUGCAUCCUUGAAAAGGAAAAAAUGACAGUCUAUAUCUACCUUUCUUUAGGCAGAGGAAUCUAAGCUGCAUAGAUCAGAAUCAAACUUAAUUGAGUAAAAUAAUUGUAGGCAGAGUGAUUAUGCUGAGAAUCAACGUUCCUUCCUUUCAUACUUGGUUCCUGGAUUUUAAUCAGUGUUGUAGCAAAAAAAAAGUAAUAUGCAAAAUCAUUAACAUACAUUUUUCUAAAUUAUUACAGACGUACAAAUUCAAGUUAUUUGUCAUUUGUAGUACUCUUAUCCACUAAUUUCCCAUUUUAAGGUAUGAAAGUUAAUUAAUGGGAAUUGGAGUGUGGUAAAAAAAUGUUGCAAAAAUGCUGAAUGCUUUACUAUGUCUCUUACACACACACACACACACACACACACACACACACACAAAAGACUAUGCAGAAGAUCAGAACUCUGGACUUCAGUCUGUCAGACUUUUUUUCCUCAUAACCUUAAAUUUCAUGUUAUGUUUUAAUUUAUGUCUGUACCUCAAUACCCUUGUCUUAAAGAAAAAGUCAAAUCUCCAACAUUGUUUAUCUUAUUACAGUUAUUUUUUUGUGCCUGUAAUGUUGCCUAAAAGUCGUUUAGUGCAGAAAGCCUCCAGCACCUUCCUUUUGUUUGUUUCUACCAGUUUCCUUGCCACAGAUCAUGGUCAAAAUUAGCAAUUUUCCCUAUAGAAAUCUCACAUUGUUUGAGAAAGGAAUUUGUUUCAUCUUACAUUAACUAGACCAGACAGUAGAAAAUUAGCAGUUUUUUUUAGAGUCUAUUGCCACCUACAAUUUAAAAUCAUGGAACUUUAUUUGCUGAGGUCAGCAAAGGACUCUAACCUACUAUAAUUAAAUUAUUCUUCAAAAAGAGUUAAUUGUAGGGCAAUAUUCAUAGACAUGGUGCACAGUUAUGCAUUAUAAACCUCCUAACAAAGCCCUGUGCAAUUCACAAAAUGUGGACAAUGCCCUUUAAUACCUACAUGCACUAUCACAUACCAGGAAGAUGCUAAUGGUGCAACUCUUGCACCAGUCUAUGCUUCUCACUGACAUAAUCUUUUUUUGUUGACAACACUUCUCCUUCCAGAUAUCACAAACUAUGUUGAACAUCAUUCACUGCACUCAGUUGUACUAUCACCCUGCAUAGAUGACACACAGAUGUCUCACUUUAUACAUGAGAUUUGUUUUAAUUUGCUGUAAAUAAUGUAUAUUACAAUUGUAUAUACUUUUUACAUUUUUAGCUGCUAAUGGUUGUGUACAGAUGUGUAUUUUCAUUAUAUUCAUGCUGUUUCUCACUAAAUGUAAUUAUCAUUUUCUGUGUAUUCUCAGGCUGAGAUUGAAAUUUGUUAGUUGUGAUCAGUGAUCUACCCCAGUAAACAUAAUGUAAAGUAAACCAACUAAUAAAUGAA